AUGGCGGCGGCGAUGAGAUUCGGCGGUGGCGCUUUGCUCCGGCGAGCGCCCGUGGCGGCGGCAAGGGUGCGGCUCGCCCACACCAAGCCCUGCAGCCCGGAGGAGAUGAGGGACGCCGCGGCCCGCGUGGCGGAGAUCGACAAGGCCAAAGAGGAGCUGUUCGACAAGGUGCAUGGCAUGGUUACCACCUACGAUGUCCCGCGCAGGAUGAGUCGCGAGUACAUGCUUCUCAUGCAGCGCCUCUCCUCCCAAAUCAACCCUAGACCCCAAGACCCAAUCUGGCGUUUUUGUCGACGCCACGAAAGACGCAAUACUUACUACAAGUUUUUGGGGGCAUGUACGAAUGGCCUUUUGACUGGAGUUGGCAUCGGCUUGCUCGUGUUUGUUCCACCAAAAAAGUCUGUCGCGGACUGGUGGAACAAAGUUACUAGUUGA